GAGAGCUUCAAAUUCAACAUAGAAUCAAAAAACCAAAAAACAAAAACAUGGGUUGCUUGUUAUGCCAUCUUUUUCUUCUCUUAGUCUUACUCUUCCUCUGUACUUCCCCUGCAGAAUCCACUGAUCCCUCAGGCCAGUUUUGCAAUACAAACACCAACAUAAGCAAUAAUCAAAUAUCAGCAAACAUUGAUUACUUGUUGCCUCAAUUGGUCAAGGGUACAAUCCUAAAUGGCUAUAUUAACACUUCCUAUGGCAAAGCCAAAAACCAAGUCUAUGGCUUAUCACAAUGCAGAGCCGAUGUGAGCAACGAAGACUGCUCAAGCUGCAUUCAAGACGCUGCCACAGAAAUCCGCACACGCUGCCCAAACCAAGCCGAUGCCAGGAUUUGGUACGAAUAUUGCUUCCUAAGGUAUGACAUCAACAAUUUUUUUGGACAUGUAGACACAGCUUUUGGCAUUUACAUUUACAAUGUGGAGGAUGCGAAUGACCCGGAUACUUUCAACAAAGAACUCGGAGCUCUGUUGGAUCAGAUUACUACGCAGGCUGUUGUGCCUGGUAACAGAGGGAAUGGGAGAGCGAAAAAUAAGUAUACACCAUUUUUGACAAUUUACGCGUUGGUGCAAUGCACUAGGGACCUGUCACCGCUAUCUUGCUCUCAGUGCCUCUCCAUAGCGGUUGGUAACAUCCCAAACUACUGCAACAACAAAAAGGGCUGUCGGGUUUUGUAUAGUAGUUGUUAUCUCCGAUAUGAACUGUAUCCUUUUUACUUCCCUCUUGAUUCGCAAGAAGGCUCGGCCAAUGCUUCAAUGGCCUAUUAUGUGUCUGUGGUUUCCAAACCUUAAGUCUCUUAGUCUGGCAUGUCAGAUGUGUUUAAGAUGUCAAAAAGAAUGCACAUCUUCUGAAUAAUUUCAUUUCAAUUAGAACUUUUCGCCUUUGAAAUA